CUCUUCUCUCAAAUAUUCUCCUUUAUAAACCCUUCCAUCUUCAUUUCUCCAUCACCACCCUCCACCUUCCCAAACACACAAAACAAACAAACAUAGAAUAUAGAAGAAAGCAAUUCUCCUCCACUCUGAUUCUGAGAGCUUAAAUUGAAGCUAUCUCUUGUAAUUGGCAAAGCCAUGGGAUUCCUAAAGGCCAUAUUCACCAUAGCAAUAACCAUGGCUUUGUCGAUCGCGCUCAUCACGAUGAACGGUAUUAACCAGUUAGAGGAAGUGAAAUCGUCGCUGGAUCAGCAGCAGCAACAGCCAUUGAUCCAUGAUGGCGAAAACGAAAUAGUUCUUCCUUCUAAGCGGCUGAAUCGCUUCCUUGCUGAAUAUCCGGAUGACAAGAAUCCAAGGAAUCCAAAACCGGCUGAUCAUUGCAAAAGGGAUAACGAGCUUUGCUACUUGAUGGGUUACGAUAGGAACACGACAGCGUGCUGCAACAACAAGUGUAUGGACUUGGGGUACGACAAGCAAAACUGCGGCGCGUGCAAGCAGAAAUGCAAAAAGUAUACUGAUUCGUGCUGCAGAGGGGAAUGCGUCAAUACCAACUUCGACAAGAGGCAUUGCGGCGGUUGUAACAACCGGUGUGAAAAGGGCCAAUACUGUGUCUACGGACUCUGUGGUUACGCCUAAGUCUCAUCACACGAGUCUCCAAAUGUAAAAGAAAAGGGGAUAUUUAUAGUAAUUAUAUACGAGGUUUGUGAUUUUUAUUAAAGAAAAUUAUUCAAUAAAGUAAACCACAUUUGUGGUGGUUCUCAUCUUGCAAAUAUAUAAUAUAGCACAUAUUGUCGUGAUUA